AUGGAGACGCCUCCUUCUUCUGAAAAGGACUUUUUCGAUGUCUUCCAUCACAUAUCAGGCGAGAUCGACGCCAUAAAAGCGGGCGAGCAGCGAGAUCCCCAGUCUGAAAAGCAACGUGUUCAUGAACUUAUUUGCUUCGUCGAGGAUCAUGCCGACGAGAUUAACGAAGACGGCACGAUUCUUCACCAGUUUCUGCGCGAUGCCAGAAGAGCAGAUAAUUGCCCUCCGGAGGUCCUGAACACCGUCCUCGGAAAGUUACCAGAAGCAAUUUUGAUGAACUUUAGUGGAGCCGUUCCUCUGCUAGAGUUCAUCAGGAGACGCUCGAAAAAGAUGGUUCGUGUCGUCAUCGAAUUCAUGGCACAAGAUAUGAAGAAGCGCAACUUAGCUUCUUUAGCGACACUGACCUUCGGUUUCGCUGAAACCUGGUUCGAAGAGAACGAGCAGAAUCCCGACACCAUAGAAGCUGGUCGAGAAAUUAUUCAAGCUGCUUUUAACUUCAAUGACAAACCCAACGAGUUGCUCCCGGUCAACAUAGACCUUCUAGAGAUUCUAGUCAACCUUGCGGCUCCAGAGAUGCUUUUCAAAAGCAAUAACGAAUUGAGUCCGCUGGAGCAAGUUCUGCGUUUCGAUUUGUGUCUCAGUGACCCUGACCGUCAACUAGCAUUGGUGAGGCUAAUUCUCGACAAAUGCCCCAAUAGCAUCCACGAUUUGGUGACCAAAGAGGUCAGACUUCAGCCGUGGAAAGCGAACAACUCUCUUCGUCAACCCGAGUACAGCGUUUACAGGUGGCAUAUUGCCACCAGGGAAUCUUGGCAUAAUCAGCAUCUUCGGCAAAUGAAUGCAUCUACGUCGACACAAGUGGGCCCACCUGAUCGACUAGCUACCUCUGAGAUCGCGAGAGAAAGAGGGCUUGGGGGAACACAGCCUAAGCCCGGAAUGAUGUUGAAGGGUCUUAUGACUGCUUCUUACACGCGGAUACCUUCUUCGAGUCCGAGUUUCGAUGCUGAUAGACCGGCGAAACCAAGCAUAUUGAAACCUAGCCACCUGCCCACGAUUAUGGAUCAGCCAUCUGUUUCAGAGGGUCGGGGAAAAGAAGGUCAGGUUUCGCGUCGUCCGCUAUUGCGCAACGGAGGUCUGACAAAUGGGAGAAAACCGAAAGAGAUACGCUUCACUAAACAAGAUGUUGAGGCUGCAGACAAAGCCAGCGAUGAAAUUUGUAAGGAGCUCGGAGUUCGCUUUCUACGGUCGACUGUUUUCCACAACGAUGAGACGAGGAACGCAUUCCGGGAGAUUGACACCGAAAUCCAGCGAUUUUUCGGAAAUAACGAACAGCAUUACUAUUUCGCAAUGGAUACGGCUAAGGAAUACCGUGAUAUGACAGAGAACCAAGUGAGGAAUUAUUUUGGCAAACGGGAUCACUACCACACUCUUCGUCAUGUCUUUCUUCAGCCGGCUACGAUCCUCCUUGAGAAUGAUCAGAACACCCCUAACGGUUCAUCCCGCUAUACAGAUCAUCUUCAAUUCUUUAAUUGGUUCAGGGAGUGGGGUGUUCGCAAGAUCUUCAAGGUUGUUGUCUUUGACGGCGACCACCCUCACCGAGACGAGGAGGUUGAAAAGGCUCUAGCAGGCUUUGUGCGCGGAAAAAAGAAGUAUCCCUCUUUUGAUGUCGAGAUUCUCGACUGGCACAAGGAAGAUCUCUGCCCCGAGGUGAUACAGACAGCAACGCCGCAGGUUCGCGAACUGCAUCUGCAUUGGAGUGGUCGGAACUCUGUCCUGCGUGGGUGGAGCGAGCCUGAGGGACUACCUGCUCUUGAAUAUUUGCAGAAGGUGUAUAUCUACUACACGGUACCAUCGAUCGAGGAAAGUCGCAUACGAAAGAACAUCGAAAGCUUCACAAGGCGCAUGAAGCAGCCAAGGCGACGGCCAGUGAAGAUGGGACAGGCGAAUCAGAACUCAACUAGUACUAAGGCGCCAGUACAAAUGCAGUCGUCCAGGCAAUCAAUGUUGGUCCAAGCACAUGAGCAUUUCGACGACUACAAGAGUCUACCGACCAUUCAAAUUGUAGACGUGGGCAGAGUCACGCCGACAGGCGCAGCUGGGCCCGAUCGUGCUGCGGGUUCUGCCUCAGAAUCUGUAGAACAGCCGUGGUUCAAGUACGUUGAAGAGUUUGUUUCGAUUAUCCCCACACCGGAGGAGCUGCCAGACUAUGACUUCAAGAACCCGCACCUGCGUCGAGUAAGGGUUGCACUGAUUGACGACGGGGUUGAUCUCUUUAGCAAGAGCAUGCGUUGUCUAGAGUCGCGCUUCUUGGAAGGUCGAAGCUUCGACCAAACGCCUGAUGGGCCCAACCCGGUUUAUUCAUCUGUCAGUGGCCACGGAACAUUCAUGGCAAAAACAAUUCUUCGCAUCUGCCCCUUCGCAGACAUAAUACCUUAUCGUUUGAAAACCGUCCGAGACGCAUCCAGCAAUCGGCGAGUACCUGAUGCAAGCAGUGCAGCUAAGGCUAUCAAAGCUGCCAUAGAGCAAGACGUCGACAUCAUUAGUAUGUCUUGGACUAUCCGCAACGACAAUAACAAGAUUUCAGAGGCCACGCUCAUGGAGCUACGAAAUGUCGUGAGCGCAUGUGAGGGCACCGGCAGUGAAUGCCGUCGGAUUCCCAUCAUGUUCUGCGCAGCGAGCGACGAUGGAAUCCAAGGACGCAGUCAGCACGGUAAUAGAGGAGAGUUUCCGCGGGAGAUCAACAACGCCAAAGUGUUUUGUAUUGGUGCUGCUGAUCCUCACGGACAGGUCUGGCCAGAAGUUACGGACCAGAAUGGGCUGAACUACCUAUUCCCAGGCGUGGAUAUCAAGGAUGUUUUUGAAGGUGACAGCCAUGAUUCCGAUACCAUAUCAGAGGCUUUGGGGUCACAAAUCAGUGAUCUUGUCACUAGGAAUGGACGUACAGGCUCGUCAGUUGCCACGGCUCUUGCAGCUGGCCUCGCAGCGCUUCUUAUUCACUGCACCAAGUUGGGACACUACUAUACCAAUGCAUGGAAAGGACCCGAUACUCGCCGCAAGGAGACCAUCACGCAGCAAUUUGUCGACCAGAUCGCAACUUACGAGGGCAUGCAAAAUGCUCUAGAUAAUCUGAGUUCUGGUAGUCGAAGUGGGACGAAGUAUGCGAACCCAAGCAAGGAUUUUGCGUGUGCGAUUCAGGAUCUGAGGCAAUAUGAUGUACAAGGUGGAGCAGCGAACAACUUGCCUCAGUCUCUAAAACCUAUCGCAACUCUGUGCCGAAACUUAUGCAGGAUAUGA